UCCCUCCCUCAAAUCAUAGAAACCAGAAAAAAAAAGAAAAGCCACAACGGAAAUCCCAGAAGCCGAAGAAGAAGAAGAGGAGCUAUGGGGGUCGAUUACUACAACAUACUGAAGGUGAACCGGAACGCGAGCGAGGACGACUUGAAGAAGGCGUACAAGCGGCUGGCGAUGAUUUGGCACCCGGACAAAAACCCGGCCGGAAAACGACCCGAGGCCGAGUCCAAGUUCAAGCAAAUCUCCGAGGCCUACGACGUCCUCUCCGACCCCACCAAGCGCCAGAUCUACGAUCUCUACGGCGAGGAGGCUCUCAAAUCCGGCCAGUUCCCCCCUCCCUCUUCCUCCCGCUCCGCCGCGCCCCACCAGCACCACUACUACCACCGCGGCAACCACAACGCCACGUCGUUUCGGUUCAAUCCGCGGGACGCGGAGGACAUUUACGCCGAGAUUUUUGGAUCGGAGGGCGGCGGCGGCGGAGGAGCUGGAGGGAGUGGCGGCGGAGGGAGGGCGUAUAGGGACGGGUUCUUCAGGACGUCGAAUGGGGCCGGUGGGCCGGAGUUCGCCGGGACCAGUAGUGGGCCUGGGCCGGGACUGAGGAAGGCCAAUGCCCUGGAGAAUAACCUGGCUUGCAGCUUGGAGGAGCUCUAUAAGGGAUUCAAGAAGAAGAUGAAGAUUUCGAGAAGCAUUUUCGAUUCGGCUGGUAAGGUCCGGACUCUGGAGGAGAUAUUAACCAUUGAGAUCAAACCUGGUUGGAAGAAAGGCACCAAGAUAACCUUCCCUGAGAAGGGUAAUCAAGAGCCUGGUGUUAUUCCAGCAGAUCUGAUUUUUGUAGUUGAUGAAAAACCUCAUGCACUUUAUAAGAGGGACGGUAAUGAUCUGGUGGUGAACCAGGAGAUCACACUGCUGGAGGCACUCACUGGGAAGAAUCUUGAACUAACUACCCUGGAUGGAAGGAAUCUUAUGAUCCCGUUGACCGAUAUCAUCAAACCUGGGGCUGAAAUGGUUGUACCAAAUGAAGGAAUGCCAAUCUCAAAAGAACCGGGGAGAAAGGGAAAUUUGAGAAUCAAGUUUGACGUCAAGUAUCCUUCAAGACUUACUACAGAACAGAAAUCAGAUUUGAAAAGAGUUUUGGGAGGAGUUUCAUUAUGACUGCUAACUAGGUUGACCAUAAUGUAAAUAUGAUAUGUGUUUGGUAUUUGAAGAUGUGAAUACUAGAAGCUUUCUGGGAUGAAAGGGAGAGGUAAGGGCUCCAUUUAGCAAGCUCCUGCAAUCUCGCAUCUGGAUGCCUCAUGUGGCGGUACAAGGGAAUUGAGGGUGCAUAUUUUCUUUACUGGAAGAGAUGGCCAGUUUAUUAAUCCUACCUGAGCCAUGUCAGUUUUGAGUCGGUUCCUUUUUUUUUUUCUUUUCAUUUGCAUUCUAUACCAGAAAAUUUCCUCCGAUUUUGAAUAGAUAGAAAGUGAAUUUGUCACUUCUAGAAAUUAAAUUAUUGAAAUUUUUUAUGUAUGGGUGAUUAGGGAUUCAACUUGGGGUUUCUCA